AUGCAAUACAAUGAACUUGGUGAUACUGGCCUCAAAGUUUCUCAUGUUGGCUUGGGAGGAGCAGCAUUUAGUAAUAUUUACGGAGCCUACAAUGAAAACAGAAGCAUUGAUCUUAUUAAAGAAUCUUUGAAGCAGGGCAUAAAUUAUUUAGAAACUGGUCCAUGGUAUGGCCAAGGCUGUUCAGAAAGGACAUUAGGCAAGGCAUUGCAAGGCAUUCCACGGGAAUCUUUUAUUAUUGCGAGCAAAGUUGGACGCUACGAAAAAUCCACUGAGAAAAUGUUUGACUUCACAGCGGAGAAGACCGCGGCGGGCGUUGAUAACACCCUGAGUUUACUUGGAUUGGAUUACGUCGACCUCAUACAGGUGCAUGACGUGACCUUUGCUCCCGAUAUAUCCAUUAUCUUGAAAGAAACUCUACCGACACUGGAAAAAGCGGUCAGAGAUGGCAAGGCCCGUUACAUCGGCAUCGCUGAUUACGACAUCGACUUGAUGCAAGAGAUCAUCGAGGAAUCCGAAGUCAAGAUAUCCACAAUCCUGUCAUAUGCCAAAUCCACGCUUUUCGAUAAUCGGCUACAAAAUUACACCAACGCGUUCAAGAGUAAAGGUAUCGGAGUUAUCAACGCAGCUGCCACGGGCAUGGGAUUGCUGUCCAACAAAGGUCCUCAGCCUUGGCACCCUGCUAGUGAUGACAUCAAAGCAAUAUGUAGACGUGCUUCUGAUUACUGCAAGCAACAGGACGUGGAGCUAGCCCGUCUGGCUUCCUGGUUUACUUUAAAUCAGCCCGGCAUCGAUGUUAAUGUCUGCGGGUUUUUCAACGUGGAGCAAAUGACCGACACUCUCGAGAUUUUGAAAACUGGGCUGAACGAACACGAAAAGGCAGUGCUCGCCGAUGUCCAGACGAGAUUCUUCAAUAAAGUAACACUCCAUUGGGACGAUGUUGAAUUGCCAGCCUAUAAAGCUGAACUUAACAAAGUUUUGAACCAG